AUGGCUCCUACGUCAGUGUCGACAACUCCCAUGUUGCCACAGCUUCAUCAUCCGCACACGCUGACGAGUGCCAGUGUCGGACGGAUUCUGUCUCGGAACAUGAACGGAACUGUGGCCCUCACGACGCAUCCAUCAAACGAAUCUGAGCUCCAGUUGUUCAGAGUACUACAAAGAGCUAAUUUGUUGUCCUACUACGACACCUUCAUUAGCAAAGGUGGAGAUGAUGUUCAACAAUUAUGCGACUCUGGACAAGAGGAAUUCCUUGAGAUUAUGGAUCUUGUGGGCAUGGCAGCCAAACCCCUGCAUGUGAGAAGACUGCAGAAAACUUUGAGAGAAUGGCUUCAGAAUCCA